AUGAAAUCGGAAGAUAAUGAAGUAUUACCAUCAGAUAAUGUAAUUCAGUAUGGUCCACUAAAAAUUCGUCGCUGUCGAAAGCCAGCACCAACAAUCGCAACUGGUCGUCGUUCAAAAUUUCUUAUACUUUUUGGUGAUGAAGAGAUUAAACGUGAACAAAGACGUGCAAAAAAUCGUGAAGCAGCAAGAAAAUUAAAAGAAAAACGACAACUCAUUGAAGAACAACUCGAUGAAAAACUAAGACAACUUCAAUGUGAACAUUUAGUUUUACAAGAAUAUCUGCAGCGAUUAGAACAAAAAAAACAAAAUUUAGAACAAAAAAUUGAUAGUGUUUCUACUGAUCCUCUUAUUGAAUUAUUAUCAACGAAUAAUCAAAAUAUGCUUCUAUUUUUUGAAGAAUGUACAGAUGAUUUAGAUUUUUUUGGUGAAUCAUUGGAUAAGAUUUUUGAUUCUGAAUUGUAA